AUCCUCUUCGCCAGUAGGACACGCAACAUGGCGGACGAGCUCUCAGCCAAGAUGUCUUCCGAGCCUCUCUCGCCAAAGCUACCUCCACACCAACAUAUCGACGACGUGACCUCAAACGCCGGCGCGUCCUCGGUCGAUUCGCGCGGGAAUCACCGCAGCCGCAACCGCAUCCGCCACGACCGCAACCGCAACCGCAGCCUCAGGGGCAACAACAGCAACAACAACGGCAGCAGAAGCAACAGCGUCACCACUAGCGCCCCCCCGAAGGCCAUGUCGCGGGUCCCACGCGAGACUAAGAGCAAGCCCGUCUGCCUGCAGCUGGGUCUUAAUCUUGACAUUGAGAUGGAGCUCAAGGCGCGUCUGCGCGGCGACGUGUGCGUGGCGUUGCUGGACAGAGACAGGGAGGAAAGAAAGGGGUAAGAGAGGAGAAAGGGUGACUGCCGAGGCGACAUGAUAGCGCUCCUCGACUUCGCCGUCGCCUUCCUCUCUCACUCAAUAUCUACCUACCUAAUCCAACACCUAACCUCUCCGAUUCAGCCGCGCUUCAAGCACUCAGGCCGGGGCGGAGCUGAGAUGACAGGGUACGGCAAGCGGGGGCUGCCCUGGUUUCUUGUCACUUUAGGGCAGGAAUAUUGAUAGAGACGGGUGGAUGUACUGAUAUGUGGACUGAGCACGGAGUAUUGGUGUUUGGAAUUUCAAUGUUUUCGUUUCAUGUAGCCGGCGGAGGGGACGUGAUGGAGUUACAAGAGCCAGCGAUUCUGCUAUUAAUCUUGGAGUAAUGGAUAAACGUAAUAUAUAUAUAAUGGUGUGAGCGCGCAUGC